GUCAGCUGCUGCCGGCCGCCACGUGUCUGCGACUGGCCUGCUCCCCAGCAUCCGCCUCUCCACCCGCAGCAUGAAGGACUGCAGCAACGGGCGUCCCGAAGGCUCCGGCCAGGGAGACUUGGAGGAGGGUGUGGAAUCCUUUAAGGCUAAAGAUCUCAUCAUCACCCCAGCUACCACGUUCAAGGAGAAGCCGGACCCCAAGGGCCUGGUGUUUGGCGCGGAGUUCACAGACCACAUGCUCAUAGUGGAGUGGUGCGCGGACUCGGGGUGGGGGAAGCCUCAGAUCCAGCCUUUCCAGAACCUCUCCUUACACCCGGCCUCCUCGGCCCUGCACUAUGCCGUGCAAUUGUUUGAAGGUCUGAAAGCCUUUCGGGGAGUUGAUAAUAAAAUUCGACUUUUCCGGCCCCACUUGAACAUGGAUAGAAUGUUCCGGUCUGCCGUGAGGUCCACUUUGCCGGUGUUUGACCCGCAGGAACUACUGGAGUGCAUUCAGCAGCUCAUCAAGUUGGAUCAGGAGUGGGUGCCGUAUUCUACCUCCGCCAGUCUGUACAUCCGGCCCACCUUGAUUGGAACCGAGCCUUCCCUGGGCGUGAAAAAGCCCAAGAAAGCCCUCCUCUUCGUCAUCCUGAGCCCUGUGGGGCCUUACUUUUCCAGUGGAACCUUUAACCCUGUGUCUCUGUGGACCAACCCUAAGUAUGUUCGAGCCUGGGAAGGAGGCACGGGAGACUACAAGAUCGGAGGGAAUUACGGCCCCUCGCUUUGGGCUCAAUGCGAAGCUGCAGAGAACCAAUGUCAGCAGGUGCUGUGGCUGUACGGGAAAGAUCAGCAGAUCACCGAAGUUGGGACGAUGAAUCUUUUCCUCUACUGGAUAAAUGAGGACGGAGAGGAAGAACUAGCGACUCCACCCCUAGAUGGCAUCAUCCUUCCCGGAGUGACCCGGAAGAGUAUUCUGGAACUGACCCGGGACUGGGGUGAGUUCAAGGUUUCGGAAAGGUACUUGACUAUGGCCGAGCUGGAGAAUGCACUGGAAGAGAAGAGGGUGAAGGAGAUGUUUGGCUCUGGGACGGCUUGCAUUGUUUGCCCGGUUGCUAACAUCGUGUACAAAGGCCAGGUAUUACACAUUCCAACUAUGGAGAAUGGCCCUAAGCUGACAAGCCGAAUCUUCACCAAACUGAAUGAUAUCCAGUAUGGACGGGAAGAAAGCGACUGGACGGUUGAGCUGCCCUGAAGAAUGAAUUCUACCAAGAUGGACCAUCCUUUGCUUUUUUAUUUCUUGUUAGAAUUUCGAUAGAUUUACUACCUGCCAGUGGCUGUGCACAAUGUAGUUGGAAUUAUUAGUGUACAGCACCGCCGAUCGCUUCCCUUGUUCCACGAGACAAUGCCUUGGGAUUGUUGACUGCUCUGUGGACACAUGAUGUCACAGUCAUUUUACCCUUUUACCCACAGAGAGCCCGAUGACACAGAUGACUCCUGAAUUAUAACAUCGCCUCCAACUCAGACUCAAAACCGAUUUCUUCCUUUUGCUAAGGUAUUUCUCCUCCACCAGAUGAGCUGUGUGGGGGUGUGUGUAUCUGAAAGGUGAUUGAGUAAAGCCCGUAGGUCAUUAUCCUCAUGAUGAUUUUCUAAUCAUAACUGAAAAAAUGGGUUUCUUCCUGUUAAGUGAUCUCAGUCAGUUAAAUCUAACGGAAGGUAAAUAUUCUCCUGUUUUCCUCCCGUUUUACCUCUGUGGAAGCUCACGUAUUGACAACAUUGCCCGAUCCAUUGUGAGCAGGACUGGAAGAGCUGGGAUUUUAGUUGUUAGAACCCUUGGCCUCUUCCUAGAUGGAUGGGUGACACGAAGAAUGAAUGAAUGAGAGGUUGAGCCUCUCUUGAUGUGUUUCUGUACUGCAAAACCUCCAUGUAGAAUUUGUGAGUGGUGCUGGCUGGGUAUAGCAGUCACCUCCUACCGUAUCUACUUUCCAUGGACUCUUAAGUCAUCACAGUCACAAAAUGGCGCCCAGAGUUGGAAGAAAUCGCUUUUGUGUAGGGAGACUGUCUUGGAAUGCAGGUGGUCACUGGGAUGGAUUUCAUGCCACCAUUCCAACCAAGAGUGAGUGUGACGUGUUACGUGUAAAUCGAGUUGAGCUUUAUAUGUGAAGUGUUAAAUGUAAACGAAGCUAAGCAAGCAGAGAGGUGUACUCUGGUUUUAUCAUCUUUUUUGGGGGGUGUGGGGGAAGCGAGGCUGUUGGUGCUCUAAUCUGCUGAAUUUACCUGUGGGAACAUUUGGUUAGGGUACAGAAAGAACAACUGUAAGUGGUCUUUUCCUCCUGUGUUACACUUGUAUCCUUCCCUCAUUUGUCUAGGGGAAGCUGAAUUUUGGUAGAAAACACUGAUCCUUGGGAAAUCAAGGUUCCGAUUUGGGGUUUGGUCUUAGUAACUUUUAGUCCAUAGAUCAUACUUCCUUCUCUCUGCCGAACAAAGAAAAGACAGUGUAAAAGCUUAGGGUGUUGGAAAUAAUUUCCUGAUGGCAU